AUGAUUCGUUAUCGAUUCACAGAAGUCCCAUAUUGGACACCCCGCGUUUCCCCGUGCCAUGUAGCGGGAUUCCCUAUAGAGGAGCUCGAUGCGCAUCUGAACUUCCGCCGUGGGUGGACCCUCAGGUUCGUGGAGAACGUGGAAGAUAAGACGCAAGUACUACCGUUGAUGCGAGGCGCCAUGGAUCCUACAAUGCACACAAGGAAACGGAGGGUUUUUAUCGACCUCGGAGCCAAAACGUUUGACACAAGUGUCACCUGGUUUCUCCAAAUGUACCCCCUCGAUUUCACCGAGAUUCACGUGGUGGAAGCAAGAGCGGGCUUGUUCCGAAAGCCACCUGCAUCGAGGCCCAAGGUACUGGCAAAUGGUUUGGGCCUGAACUCUCGCCUGCGUCCGAGACACGAAGGGCCAGCAGACUUCCCACAAUGGUUGCUGCGACGCGUUCACCCCUACAGCUUCUAUGUCUCUUCCCAAGACAACCAAGAAAGGAACAUGGUGAACGUGACGAGGUGGUUUCUGGAAGACCUGCAGUUGAAGGAAGAAGACUCGGUCGUUGUGAAGAUGGACAUCGAGGGGCACGAGUGGGCGAUUCUGCAGCACUGGCUCUCUAAUCCCCGCAUGGCAGCAUUGUUGACGAGCUAUUUGUGGAAGUGCAUUAUCAUCAUCCGAGCAUGA